AGUGACGUUCUCACGACGCCAACAGCAGAAUACGAAACAGUCGCUGCUCAAACCUUGAAGGUGGAGCUGGGUCUCGUAGCGUGGUGAGGUUAGGACGCGAUGGAAAUCUCAGUUGCGCUUCCAGUGGCCGGCUAUGACAGCCACCAUCUCUACAACAGCUAUUGCUUCCCGUGUCGUUCUAGCAUCUGUUGACACCCCUGUUAUUACUCGCUUAGAAGAAAUUAGUGGCCUACUUCUUGUUAAAAUCAUUACUACUGUUACUAGAUCAAUCGAUAUCGUACUUUGUUGUUGUUAUGUGUGACAUUGUCAGUAAGUUUUAGUCUAAUUUUUGAACAUACUAACAGUAAGAUGGGCUCUUAUUUUGGGUCGGUUGUGAUAAUAGUUGUUUGUACAUUGUUGGGACUGUCGUCUGCCGCUGCAGUGGAGGGUCAUCGUGAGCCGCGAUCAGCUGAUUCAGCCGAUCAUGGCGACGCUGGGUCUGGAGGCCAUGCCAGCUACAAAGUGUUUCACUUUGAAUUCCAAAGGGUCGAGGCCCCCUUCAUCAUAGGACUAUGGAUUUUCCUGGCCAGUCUCGCCAAAAUAGCGUUCCACAUGGCACCAAAGCUGAGCCACAUGUUCCCCGAGUCAUGCCUGCUGAUCACGGUGGGCGUGGCCAUAGGCCUGCUGCUGUUCGUGACGUCAUCGCUGCACGUGUCCACGCUGACUCCCGACGUGUUCUUCUUCUACAUGCUGCCGCCCAUCAUCCUCGACGCCGGCUACUUUAUGCCCAACCGCCUCUUCUUCGACCACCUCGCCACCAUUCUCAUGUUCGCUGUUGUCGGAACUAUAUUCAAUACACUGACCAUAGGUGCCUCACUGUGGCUAGCUGGGCUGACAGGGCUGUUCGGCUGCGAGACGCCGCUGCUAGAGAUGUUCCUGUUCUCGGCGCUGAUCUCGGCCGUCGACCCGGUUGCCGUGCUCGCCGUCUUCGAGGAGAUCCACGUCAACGAGAUCCUCUACAUCGUCGUCUUCGGCGAAUCCCUGCUCAACGAUGCUGUCACUGUUGUGCUGUACCACAUGUUCGAAACGUACAACACAAUGGGCCCGGCCAACAUCACCUACACGGACCUGCUGUCUGGACUGGCGUCGUUCUUCGUGGUGGCGAUAGGUGGCACCCUAAUCGGGGUCAUCUGGGGCUUCCUCACCGGCCUGGUCACCCGCUUCACGCACCAGGUGCGCGUCAUCGAGCCCAUCUUCAUCUUCGUCAUGGCCUACCUCGCCUACCUCAACGCCGAGAUCUUCCACAUGUCUGGCAUACUUGCAAUAACAUUCUGCGGCAUCACAAUGAAAAACUACGUGGAGGCGAACAUUUCGCACAAGUCGCACACGACUGUGAAGUACGCGAUGAAGAUGUUGAGUUCCUCUUCGGAGACGAUCAUCUUCAUGUUCCUGGGCGUGGCCACGGUCAACGACAGUCACGACUGGAACACCUGGUUUGUCGUGCUCACCAUCGCAUUCUGCUCCAUUUUCAGGGCUAUCGGUGUAAUAAUCCUGACGGCUCUGGUGAACGAGUUUCGACUGUACAAACUGAACAAGGUGGACAAGUUCGUGAUGUCGUACGGCGGGCUGCGCGGCGCAGUCGCAUUUGCUCUGGUUCUGCUCAUCGACCCACACCGCGUCAAGCUGCAACCCAUGUUUGUCACCACCACCAUCGCUGUCAUCUAUUUCACCGUCUUCUUCCAGGGUAUCACGAUCAAGCCGCUGGUGAAAAUCCUGAACGUAAAGCGCGCACAGAAGCGGAAGCCGACCAUGAACGAGCGUAUCCACGAGAGGAUGAUCGACCACACCAUGGCUGGCAUCGAGGACAUCCUCGGCCAUCACGGAAACCACCAUUUGAGAGACAGGUUCAAACGAUUCGAUAACCGGUUCAUCCGGCCGUACCUAUUGCGCGACCACCAGGGCGCUGAGCCCAAGAUCCUCGAGACCUAUUCGAAACUGGCCAUGAAGGACGCCAUGGACUUCAUGCGUCGCAACGCCUCCACAAUCGGCAACAUCAGCAACACCGAAUCAAUGUCCGCCAUCUUUAGAAACUACACGGCGGGCAACUUGAACGGAAGGUACAACAAUUCCUCUCUGGUAUUCCCCCGUAGUUUCUCACAGCUAGACUCAAGCACGUGGAACAUCGACAUGCAAGAGCUCGAGUACAAUCCUUCGAAGAAAGAUCUGACCGACGCGAGGAUCCACCAUUUGCUGGCUGAAGAACUUUGCCAGCCGUGCAGAAGGGUAGGGCACCGUCGGCUGAGCUACAGCCGUCACACCGUGGAUGACCGCGAUCUGUCGUCGCAAGUCAACUACCGCAUGCACAUGAACAUACGUCGGCUGGUCGGAGAUCAGCGCAAACACCAUCACAAGAGGAGCAAGCGACUCAACAAGGAUGGAAAGCACAAUCACGUUAGUUUCCCCGGAAUCCAGCAGAACGGAUCAGCUAAACAAUUUGCAAAUGACUAUAUAGACGAAGUGCUUCUUGAGUGUGAGAACGAAACUCCGAAACCAGGAACCAAAGAUGAAUGGGAAGGAGGAGGCAUCACAUUCACAGCGCAACCCUCUCCGGCGGAAGACAGCGGCGGCGAGACGGUGGUGGAAACCGCUACCGCAGCCGCAGCCGCGACCGCAACUAGUCAGUCGCCAUCGUACAGUCUGUUAAACCAGAUAGCGUCGCUGCCCGGGUUUCGGCAGGCGUCCACCAGGGCGCGUCUUGUGACUGAGUAUGUGUCGGCUAAGCCCAAGUCGUCGCGACCCAGCAGUCUGCGACUGGAGGACGUGCCGACUGUAGCCGAGGUGUCGCUGCCCUGGCGACGUGACGUCUUACCAAGCAAUAAUCAAGCAGAUGAAGGCAUACCACCUUCGCAGUCGCCUCAAAAGAAGCUCUCGAAAGAUUCGUCCACUACGGGAGAAGUGCCUCGGGUGUCGACGCCGACCGCCCUGGAGAAGAUGUUGCCAUGGAAACGGGACGACGAGGACCAGAACGCCGGACCGCUGAGGCAAAACGAGUUCCCCGGAUGGUGCUCCAACAAGGAGUACCUCGCCUACAGCUCCCCCUCUGCCACAUUCCUAGGCGGCAUCGAACAACCGGGCGUGCAGUCGGUGAUUGGUUUGUUCCGCCGCGAGAGCGAGCCACCAUCAAUGUCCAGCUCGCCGCAGUCAUCGUCCGUUCUGCUCAUAGAGGAAGCCACUUCGCUGCUGCUGCUCAGUCCCCACUCGAAGACGGCACGGAGAGGAUCUAUGCUCGAGCUCGGCUCCAGUGUCGAUCCCAUUCCCGAGGAAGAACUGCUCACAGGUACUGCUAAUCGGCCAGUGAGUGCCGACGGCUCGACUCCAUCAUUGAACGACCGGUGGACCAACUCCUCCUCGACUCAGCCAAUGAGUCAGGCGGGGGGUGUAGGGGUUGCUGGUGGUGGUGCGGGCGGUGGACGGUUGGCUGCCCUCUCCAUUGAAUCACUCGAGUCUUCCUCAGAGAGCGAAUGCAACGAGGCAGACGACGAGAAGAAGAAACUAAAUAAAAACAACAACGAAUAGCAGUACGCCUACAAGGUCCGUGUCACCGAUCUUUGAUCUGGACACAACACAGAGCAAUAGAGUGGUCGAUACCUGGACGGGCAACUAGGGCCAUUACAGAGUACUAAAGUUAUACUAGUUGUAGCCAACUAAGGUACCGUAAUUCAUAAAUUUACUAUUUUAGUCGUUGUAUACUAUUUUUGAAAUGUAUGAAUUCAGGGCUACUUUCUUGUAUUUAUAAAAUAGAAUUAUAGUACCCUUCAAAAUAAUAAAACAAGAAUACAAAUUGUAACGUAACUACUAGUUUCGGUGAUCACACC